AUGUGGACAAUGUCUAUUAUCUACUCUCACCCUGUCGAGCUUGAUAGCAUCCUCGUGAAUAACACGGGGAAUCGAGUUUCUAGCUCUAACACUGAUGGCGCCGACACGAUUCGCUCAUCACACAUUACGUUCAACAACUGGACUGUCUAUAACGGAGACGAUAGUCUUUCCAUGAAGGCCAAUAGUACCGACAUUACCAUAACCAACUCCCGGUUUUACAAUGGACUUGGCAUAGCGAUUGGGAGCAUUGGGCAGUAUAAAGGCCAGUUUGAAACGGUCGAGAGGGUCCGUGUUGACAACAUAACCUACAAGAAUACUCUACAUGCUGUAUACUUCAAGACAUGGACGGCGGAUCAAAACGGCUAUCCGCCAAAUGGAGGAGGUGGCGGGCUAGGAUUUGCUGCUGACAUGACAUUCGACAACUUGAAUGCAAACGCAAUGCGAGGCGCUGCCUUUGCGAUAUCUCAGUGCACCCGCUUCAGUGGCGCGCCAGGAGUCGGCAACUGCACCAACUCGCCCUUCCAGAUCCGUGAUGUGACCAUCGAUGGCCUGACGGGGACGACUGCUUCAACUCGCGUAGCCAGUUUGCAGUGCAGUGCUGUUGCGCCGUGUACCAAUAUAGGAUUGCUUGAUGUCGACUUGUACUUGACCAACGGCACCGAAGCUGGGAACGUCUAUUACCCCAGCUGA